ACGGCCCUUUUCAACUUUCAAUCACUGCUACUGGUGAUUCUGCUCAUAAUUUGCACGAGCAGCUAUGCACACUCAAUUAUGCCUGGAAUUAUGGACCGGAACCGGAAUGGAAUAUUUGGGAUAUUCUGGAAGUGUGCUCGUGUCGGAGAACGACUGAGCCCAUACGUGAGCAUAUGUUGCGUUUUGAUGGCUGUUUCAAUCUUCUUCGGUGGUUAA